AUGACGGAUUCUUUUCCUGGAGGCGUAACUGUCUUUACGAACGCCCAAGCAGCACUUUUACCUUUCACGUUGACAAAAGCAGUGACAUUGCUUGGCCGACUCGACAAGACUAACGGAGUUGCCGAACUACCUGUCCCGAAGCCUAAGUGCAAGCAAGCGAAGACUGCGCAAGACCAAUCCGCCAAGCCAUCCAAAGCUAUGAUCUCCAUUGUUGAUCGGAAGCGGGAGGGGCCACGACACGGCAAGCGCGCUCUCUCGUUGAUGACGGCCAACACAGCAACUUUCGCAAUCAGCGUCAAAUUCACCCACCCAAGCGCUCUACCAUCGCUGAUGGCCGAACCUUGGCGACAAAAAAGCACGGUCAGCGAUCUGCUUAUCCAACCCAUUGUCAAGGAUGCGCGUAGGCACGACCAAUAUUCCAAUGUUGUCGUCCCCAACGUCUUCUGCGUACCCAGUCUCUCCAUUAAUUGGCUGUCGGUCUAUCGUCUAGUUCAAGCCGGGCGCCGCGUGCUCUUUGACCACCACGCUUGCCCUGUGACUAAGGGCAAUCAUCGGCUGCCCGUUUCCAUGACUGUUGUACAGGACGGCGUUUACGUCGUAAUCGCGUGUGCCACAUUGGCAUCGCUGGUCCGAUCGCUCGUUCGUAUCUCAGCUCAACGUACUUCAUGUUCAAUGUGCUGUGUGGGUCGUGUCUACGGCCUAGCUCAUAAGGACGCGGCCGCGGCGACGGGCGACUUCUUGGUGAAUAUUGCACGACAAGCCCGUGUUUCAGCAGCUGAAAUACAGGUGGUACGCACGGACGGCGGUAGUGAAUUCCGCACACAAGAUUUUCGGCAACUCGUCGCCCAGCUUGGGCCUUAUCACCAGCGCUCUACGCGAACUCCGAUGGUACCCAAGACGCGCUCGACUACCUGGACGAUGAAUUAA